UGCGAAUUUUCAGAGAGUUUUUAUAAAGUAUGUUCCAAAUACGGUUGAUACAAAUGCAGGAUUUAUCCCUCCGAAAAAUGACGCGUAUAAUUUUUUUUUACACUAUCAACUUUAUCGAUGCUUCGCAAACAAAUCGUUUGCACAAGAUAUCGUCGUUCCAUUCUCGAGGCGCGAGAUUGACCGGUAUUAUCAGCUGACGCUUCCUAGUUGCCGCUUAGACGUGUGUUUUAACGGAGCGAAUCGCACUUUCGCAGUUGUUCAGAUAUCAGUUUGAAACAGCAAGGUUUAUCAUGGUUCUGAUGCCGAAGGAGUCCGCAAAGUUAGUCGCCAGUUUGGCGAAGGACGUCUUCAUCGAGAAGGAAGGUGUCAAGAAAUUGGCAUCGGCCAUCCUCGACGGUAUCAAAACAAGUAAGAUUCGCACUGGCAAUUUCUCACAGAUCAAAUUUCAUCCCAAACCCGAUGAUCCUAGGGCGGCGGAUUGGAUAUUCGUUCUGGAUACGUUGAACUUUUCAUUCUGGACCGACACGGGCGCGAAGAAGUGGAAGGUCAAUGGUGAAACCGGAUACUUUGCGUUCUGUGCCGCUGUCAAGAGAGCCAUUGAUGAGGGGAAGCCCAUGUGGGAUCCCAAGUAUUACUCGCGAGUAACGCAGCAGGAUCUCGAGAUCAUUUUCCGAGGCGACGACGGUGAGACUGGCAUUCCGCUCCUACAGGAUAGAAUUAAGAAUCUACACGAGGCCGGCAAGGUCUUGGUGGAUAAAUACCAAGGCACGUUCAAGGAAUGUAUCAGGUCCUGCGAAGGUUCCGCAGAGAAGCUACUCAAACUGAUUGUCAAUGAAUUUGAGUCGUAUCGGGACGAGGCCGAUUACGAGGGUCACAGGAUCAGCAUCUACAAGAGAGCUCAGAUAUUGAUAGGCGACAUAUGGGCUUGCUUCGAGGGACGCGGGCUCGGCGAAUUCCACGAUAUAGACAGUAUCGCGAUGUUCGCCGAUUACCGUAUACCCCAGGUGCUCGUACACUUCGGCGCUAUGCGCUACAGCGAUUCACUCAUGAGUAAGCUCGAGUCCGAUGUACCGUUGAAGCAGGGCGACAAGGAGGAAGUAGAGAUACGUGCCUGCUCGAUCGAGGUGGUCGAGCAAGUUUGCGACGAGGUACGAAGAUUGAUCGCGGCGGAUCCAAAAUUGGGCCUAGAUCCGACUACGGCCGUCAACGCGAUCGUCAUCGAUCAUUUCCUGUGGGAUUACCGGCGAGAGUACGCUGAGGAAUUGGAACGCAUACCAUUCCAUAAAACUAGAACCGUAUACUAUUAGAGAUCACGUAGUGUUGGAUAUCAGAACUAUUGAACUCUAUACUAUGAAGCGAACACAGUUAUUAUUGUCAAAUUGUAUGAUUUAUUUCCCAAGAAAUCAUACAAACUGUCUCUUUCUUUAUCUUUCCAAUGUACUAUAUAUUUUCACUUGAUAGAAGAUAAUAUAUUAACAAGCUACAUAAAAAGUUUGUGCAAAAAACAAAAAUAACAUUUCUUGUUUUGUAUGAUUUCUGUCUUACUAAUAGCUAGUGCCUAACAUUCAUUCCAAUUAAAUCAUCCAUAGAAAUCAGGGCGCAAAAAUAUUAGCAAUGAAAUUAUGUAAUAAAUUUGUGAAUAUUCCUAUAUAUACAUAUAAAUACAAUAUACAGUAUAUAAUAUAUAUUAAAUUUUCCUUUUAAUUGUAUUUUCUUUAUACUUUGUACUUUAUACUUUUGUGAAGAUAGAAAGAACUGAGGAAAUGAAAGUUAUUGCAUGUUCUAAACAAAUCUGCUUAAAAUAUUAUAUAACAAAAAAAGAUACAGUAAUUAUCGAUUAUAGAUAAAGAAUGAUUAUCAAUCCGAUAAGAUAUAAUUAUUGAUAAUAAAUUUAAUUAUUGAUAAGAUAUAAAAGAUAUAAAGAAUGUAUAUACCAUAAUAAAGUAUUACAAAAAACAGACAGAAAAUACAAAUAAAAGAACAAAUUUAUCAAUGGAAUUUUCAAUUUUAACAGAAUGCGCACACAAAUGCAUUUACACAUGAUUUGAUAUAAGAUACAUAAAUUACAUUUUUCUAAAUGUAAAGCUUACAAUCUUAAUAUAUAUUUUUUUUUAUUACAAGUGAAAUACAUAUAAUAAUAUAAUUUCGUUAUAUUUUUAUGUUAAUAUAUAUCAAUAUGUAUUUUUAAUAAAAAAAUAAAUAGCUUGUACCAAGA